CAUUCAGAAACCAGGAAUAUCCGAGUGUUUUUUCUUUCUCUCGAUUUUAUUCGGAGGCGGCGCCAGCAUUAACGUGUGUGACAUUUUCACUGUCUAUCUGCCAAACGGGUUCUAGGGAAGACAAAAAACUAUUUUCUCCUCCCUUUUCGCCAAGUCCGCCAUCCGAAAAGAAAAACUGCUGUAAUAUAAUCUAGAUAACUUGUUAUUUUGCAGCGAGAGGGACCUAGCAAACAGGCUGCAUGAAUACAAACAAAACAGUCUAUUCGCCCGUGUACUGUGGAAGUGCGUUUCUCUAAAAGACCGGACAUCUGAAACAAAUUUAUUUUUCAAAACUGGCAUUUCUCUGCGCUGAGCGCCAUGAAUAAGCUUUAUAUUGGCAACUUGAGCGAAGAAGCGAGCUCCGUGGAGUUGGAAAGUAUCUUCGAGGAGUGGAAGAUCCCUAUCAGUAGCCCUUUUCUUGUUAAAACUGGGUAUGCGUUUGUAGAUUGCCCAGAUGAGAAGUGUGCUAUGAAGGCCAUUGAUGCCCUCUCAGGUAAAGUAGAACUCCAUGGAAAAGUCAUAGAAGUGGAAUAUUCAGUACCUAAAAGACAAAGGAGCAGCAAGUUGCAGAUCCGAAAUGUCCCCCCUCACUUGCCAUGGGAGGUUUUAGAUGGCUUGUUGGCUGAACAGGGCACUGUAGAGUCCUGUGAACAAGUGAACACUGAGACUGAGACUGCAGUUGUCAACGUUAAAUAUGCCACCAAGGAACAGGCCCGACAGGCAAUGGAGAAACUGAACGGUCACCUGAUGGAGGACUAUGCCCUGAAGGUGACCUAUAUCCCAGAUGAAACUGCCCAGCAGGAUGCUCCUCAGGCCGGAAGACGUGGGCUGGGGCCUCGGGGCUCCCCCAGGCUGGGCUCCCCUGGAGUGGGGCCGGGUGCAAGACCAAAGCUGCAGCCUGACGUCCCCCUGCGCAUAAUGGUGCCCUCACAGUUUGUGGGGGCAAUCAUCGGCAGGGAAGGGGCCACCAUACGCAAUGUCACCAAGCUGACACAGUCCAAGAUCGAUAUUCAUCGGAAGGAAAACGCUGGUGCGGCCGAAAAGCCCAUCACUGUUCACUCCACACCCGAUGGAUGUUCGGCUGCCUGUAAAACCAUUAUGGAGAUCAUCCAGAAGGAGGCGCAAGACACCAACUUCACUGAAGAAAUUCCUCUGAAGAUCCUUGCACACAACAACUUUGUUGGCCGACUGAUCGGCAAAGAAGGAAAGAACCUGAAGAAGAUUGAGCAGGACACAGACACAAAGAUUACCAUUUCCCCUCUGCAGGACCUGUCACUGUACAACCCCGAGAGAACCAUCACUGUGAUGGGGACUAUCGAGGCCUGCGCCAGAGCUGAGGAGGAAGUCAUGAAGAAGAUCAGGGAGUCUUACGAAAACGACAUGGCUGCUCUCAAUCUGCAGUCGGAUUUGAUCCCGGGGCUGAACCUGAAUGCACUGGGCCUGUUUCCCUCUUCGUCGUCGGUCAUGGGCCCCUCCAUGAUGGCACCGCCCUCUAUGGGGGGGCAGUCCAUGCACUGUUCCUUCACAAGUGGCCCGUUUGGGAUGGAUGCGUUUUGGGCAUCAGUAUCUGUGGGCUGCCAGGCCCCCGGUCCACCAGAAUCAGAGACCGUACACCUGUUCAUCCCGGCACUGGCUGUAGGAGCCAUCAUAGGAAAACAGGGCCAGCACAUCAAGCAGCUCUCGCGACUUACAGGAGCUUCCAUCAAGAUUGCUCCUGCUGAUGGACCUGAUACCAACCAGAGAAUGGUGAUCAUUACAGGCCCUGCAGAGGCUCAGUUCAAGGCUCAGGGAAGGAUUUUUGCAAAGCUGAAAGAGGAGAACUUCUUUGGACCCAAGGAGGAAGUGAAGCUGGAGGCCCACAUUAAAGUGCCAGCGUCUGCUGCAGGCAGGGUGAUAGGCAAAGGUGGAAAAACGGUGAAUGAACUACAAAGCCUAUCUAGUGCAGAGGUGGUUGUCCCCAGAGAUCAGACACCUGAUGAGAAUGAUCAAGUCAUCGUCAAAAUCACUGGUCACUUCUAUGCCAGUCAGCUUGCUCAGCGGAAAAUUCAGGAAAUCUUGUGCCAGGUACAACGACAACAGCAUCAAAAACCCAUGCCUGGUGGCCAGCUCCCCCAGAGGAGGAAGUAGCAGGGAUCUGAGGCAAUACCUAGACUCAUCACGUAGAUGGACAGCAGACCAAAGAGGAAGGAGGAGUGGCUUUUAACCACAGCAAGGAUGAUGGAGCGCUCUCCUCCCCCUUGCCACCCAUGGUGCUGCCCCUUAGCGGUGGCUUCAGUACCCUGCUGGGCUGGCCUCGGCCCCAGUGAACUUCAGGAAAUGGGGGGAGGGGAGGUGGGGUUUAGGGUGGGGCAAAAGAUUGAAAGACCUCUUUGCUGCCCUGCUGCUGUUCUUUAAUUGCCACCUCACUCCCCCAACAGGAUUUGUUCUUCUGAAUGGUGUGUUAUAGGUUAAUGACGCUUUCUCUUUUGAUCUCUGGAUUGUAAAAAAAAAAAAACAUUU